AGAGAGAAAUGAAGGAGGGGAUUUACAUUUCUCUUGGUCAUGCGAGGUGUCAGUUAGAAAUCGUUUUUCAUAGAGGGGGGUGGUAGAAGCAGGGCCAUUCACAGAAAAGAUCAUGGGAGCCACCAGUUCAUCUCUGUUCUGCUGAUGUGAUGGAUUGACUCUGCUAGAAGACAGACCGUUAAAGGUCAGUCCUGCGAACAAGCACCUUAAAGGGAGGAGACACACAACCUUGCCUCCCACUCUCCUCUCCUUUGCCCUUACCCACAGCUCCAUGCUCCUGGCCCUUACUGUGGUGGGUAAGACCAUGGCUCAUGGAUGGACCACCUUCCAGCUGCUCUUGCCAGGGCUGUUUCUGAUUCUUUGUCGAUGGCCCCAGAUUGGACACUGUCAAUACCAAAGCCCCCCGGAAGUGGUGAUACCCCUGAGGGUGAUUGCCAAGAAUAAGGACACGAAGGUUCCAGGCUGGGUCUCCUAUCGCCUGCAUUUUGGAGGCCAGAGGCACAUUGUCCACAUGAAGCCCAAGAAGGUCUUAGUGUCCAGAUCCCUCUCUGUGUUCACGUACACAGACCAGGGUGCUCUCGUAGAGGACCAGCCCUCUGUCCGGCAUGACUGCUACUAUCAGGGUUAUGUGGAAGGGGACCCAGAGUCCCUGGUUGCCCUUAGUGCCUGUUUUGGGGGCUUUCAAGGAGUGUUACAUAUAAAUGACAUUGCCUACGAAAUCAAGCCCAAAAGGCAUUCUGCCACAUUUGAACAUUUGGUAUACAAGAUGGACUGUGAAGAGAUAGAGUUCCCACCCAUGCAAUGUGGAUUAACAGAAGAAAUAGCUCAGCAAUUAAUGUUUCCAGAGAGUGAUAAUUCCACUCUGAUGCAGAGUGGUUAUGUGGGCUGGUGGACUCACAAACGGUAUCUUGAGUUGGCACUGGUGGUAGACCAGCAACGAUUCAUUCAUCGGGGAAGUAAUGUCUCAAAGGUACAAGAGGAAGUAAGCACUAUUGUCAAUGAAAUAAAUGCCUAUUACACUCCACUGGAAAUUGAUGUGCUUUUACUUGGAAUUGAGAUCUGGAAUAAUGGAAACCCUGUGAACGUAACUGAUAUAACUGUUCUUUUGACACAGUUUUGCCGCUGGAAGGCUAUCAGCCUUGCUCCACGCAUGAAGCAUGAUCUUGCACAUCUUUUUGUAAAACGUGGAUAUGGUAUAUAUCUGGGCUUAGCCUAUGUUGGAACAGUAUGUUCACGUGGUCUUAGCUGUGGAGUUGAUAGUUUUCUGAAUGACAAAAUAUCUAGAUUUGCGCUCGUUGUGACACACGAGAUUGGUCAUAAUUUGGGUAUGCAUCAUGACGUAAAGACAUGCACGUGUGGUCACAAAACAUGCAUAAUGUUCCCAAAAGAAACACCCUCAAAGACAUUCAGCAACUGCAGUUAUGCGUACUUGUGGGGUGUCCUUAUGAGAACCACCUGUAUGCGCUACGCACCAAAUCCAGAGGAUAUCUUCAAAGUGCGGCGCUGUGGAAAUGGUGUGGUUGAAGAAGGAGAGCAGUGUGACUGUGGGUCCUUACAGUCAUGUAAACAUGAUCCAUGCUGUUCAGCAAACUGCACUCUGAUGCCUGGGGCGGCGUGCGCUUUUGGGCUGUGCUGCCAAGACUGCCAGAUUUUGCCAUCAGGCGAAGUGUGUAGAGAAAGUGACAAUGAAUGUGACCUUCCCGAGUGGUGCAACGGGACUUCCCCUGAGUGCCCAGAAGACGUGUAUGUGCAGGCUGGCGUCCCUUGUAUGGACGGAGGCUACUGCUAUGGGAAGAGAUGUAACGAUCGUGACCUCCAGUGCAGGGACAUUUUUGGUGAGAUAUCCAAGAGUGCAAGUCUGAAUUGCUACAGGAUUUUAAACAUGAGGGGUGACCGCUUUGGGAACUGUGGUACCCAGAACGCUAGAUAUGUAAGAUGUAAUAUCACAGAUAUCCUGUGUGGGAGAAUCCAGUGUGAAAACGUGACAGCACUCCCUUUUCUGAGAGAUCACUCUACUGCGCAUUGGACUCGGUUCAGUGGUGAUGACUGCUGGAGUACCGACUACCACUUAGGGAUGACCAUACCUGACGUUGGUGAGAUAAAAGAUGGCACCCUGUGUGGCUCAGACCGUGUGUGCAUCCAGAGGAAGUGCACCUCUAUGUCCGUUUUGAAAAGUAAUUGUUCUCUUACAACCUGCAAUAAAAGGGGGGUUUGUAACAAUAAACAUCACUGCCAUUGCAGCUUUCAGUGGGAGCCACCCUACUGCCUUUUAGAGGGCAAUGGGGGCAGUGUUGACAGUGGCCCACCCCCUCAGAGAAAGGAGGAACUAAAUGGGCAUCACGGAUCUUCCCUGAACCUACUCGUUUGGAUUCGUAUUUGUGCUUUUCUUGGCUGUGCUUUAAUUUUGAUUUUGAUUAGGUGCAAAAAUCCUAGAACAAAGACCUGAGGAAAAAUGGACAAUUUCAGAAAAUAAACUCAAU